AUGUCUGGAAACAGCCUCUACAACUACAAACCAUCUCAGACUGGUGCAGCGGUAUUUGCUAUUCUCUUUGCUAUGGUAACCUUGGUGGCUGCGUUCCAAUUGGUUCGAAUUCUCAGAAGGAAUACUGACUCGAAGGUUUGGGUAAAUUUUCCAUUUAUUUUGGGUGGAGUGUUGGAGGAUCUCGGAUAUAUUGCAAGGAUAUUCUCUGCAAAGAAUCCUGCUUCACUCGGACUAUUUGCCGGUCUGGUCGUAUGCAUUUUGGUGUCACCUGCUCUAUUUGCUGCUUCCAAAUACAUGGUCUUGGGAAGAGUGAUUGUGGCUGUUGGAGCAGAGGGUUACUCACUUAUCAGGCUAAAAUGGCUCACAAAAAUAUUUGUUCUUGGUGAUAUUCUCUCGUUUCUUUUACAAGGUUCAGGUAGCGGCUUGAUGUCACAAGAGGAGAAUGGCCCACAAAGAGUUGGAAAGGCAAUCGUCAUUAUCGGUUUGGUAUGUCAGAUUGUAUUUUUUUCAUCAUUCAUGAUUGUCACUGUUGUCUUCCAAUACCGAGUAAAGAACAUUCCAAAGUCAAAAUCUUUGUAUUAUAGAUACUUACCAUCCAAAGGCAGAUACUGGCAGAUGGUGAUUGUGACUCUUUUUGCAUGUUCUCUUCUUAUUUUGGUGCGUUGUAUCGUGAGAACCGUUGAGUUUGUUCAAGGUUGGAAUGGGUACAUCAUGUCUCACGAAGUGUACUCGUUUGUAUUUGAUGGUGCGUUGAUGUUCUUAACGAUGGUAGUUUACGCAUGUCAAGACGUUGGAACUUUCUUCCAUUAUUUCUAUGAAGAGCUGAUUUCUGGGAGAGAAGAGGAUAAAGAAAAAUAG